GGUCAGGAUUUUAUGCAAUUUUGUCGUAUAUGAUAGAAAACUGAUUAUAUUUUGGUUUUACACUGUUCAGUCAAAAAAAAAAACAAGCUAUGAGAGAACAUGGGAUUGGGCAGUGGGUAUUUUAUCUGGUGUUAUUUCACUACUGACAUUUUAUAAAUAAAUCGAUAAUGAAAAUAAUUAGUAGUUGCGGCCAUAGAUCAGAUCUAAACACUUCUUCCACCCCCUGGUUGGAUUGUGACAAUGGCGCCUCCCAGUGGGCAGAAGCUGUCAGUACAGGGGGAGGACGGGUAUCAAACAGCCGGCAGGAGAGGUCAUCACCGUCUUCACUGCAGGUCCACAGACAGACUGCUCUCUGUCCGUGCCUGAACAACAGGCUGUUGUUUCUGCACUUGUAAAGCACCAUGAACAGGCCUGCCGUGCCGUUGACCUUCUGGUAACAGUCCUGAAGAUGCCCUAUGCGAGCUGCCCUGUGCUAGAAGAUGGCGGAGUCGGAUGGUGGGGAUUUUGCUUCGAAACAUCCGCAGAACAGUAUGGCUAACAAGAAUAGCACCCUGCGCUGUACUUUCUCAGCCCCAAGCCACAGUACCACUCUCCUUCAGGGCUUGUCGGUCUUGCGGGCUCAGGGCCAACUACUUGAUGUCGUGCUGGCCAUCAAUGAGGAGCGCUUCCAGGUCCACAAAGCUGUGCUGGCUGCUUGUAGUGAUUACUUCAGAGCAAUGUUUACCGGAGGCAUGAGGGAGUCAAAUCAAGAUACCAUUGAGCUUAAGGGCUUGUCUGCCCGUGGGCUGAAACACAUCAUCGACUUUGCCUACAGUGCAGAAGUCACAUUGGACCUGGACUGCAUUCAGGACGUCCUCGGAGCAGCGGUGUUUCUUCAGAUGGUCCCAGUCGUGGAGCUCUGCGAAGAGUUCCUCAAGUCAGCGAUGAGCGUGGAGACAUGCCUGCACAUCGGCCAGAUGGCCACCACCUUCAGCCUGUCUUCCCUCAAGGAGUCGGUGGAUACCUUCACCUUUCGUCACUUCCUCCAAAUUGCUGAGGAGGAGGACUUUCUGCACAUUCCCAUGGAGCGCCUCGUCUUCUUCCUGCAGAGCAACAAACUGAAAAACUGUAGCGAGAUCGACCUCUUCCACGCCGCCAUCAGGUGGCUCCAGUAUGACGAGUCCCGCCGGGCUCAAGCCAGCAGUGUCCUCUGCCAUGUCCGCUUCCCACUAAUGCGCUCCUCAGAGCUGGUGGACAGUGUUCAGACGGUGGACAUCAUGGUGGAGGACGUGCUGUGCCGGCAGUAUCUCCUCGAGGCCUUCAAUUACCAGAUCCUUCCUUUCCGACAGCAUGAGAUGCGGUCCUCGCGGACACUCAUUCGUUCUGAUGUCAUGUCACUCAUCACCUUUGGUGGCACGCCCUACACUGACAACGACCGCACAGUGAGCACCAAGGUGUACUAUCUCCCUGACAUCGCUUCCCGCCAGUUCAAAGAGCUGACGGAGAUGGAGACAGGGUGCAGCCACGCUUGUGUUGCUGUACUUGAUAACUUUGUGUACGUCGUCGGCGGGCAGCACUUACAGUACCGCAGCGGCGAGGGCGCAGUGGACAGCUGUUUCCGCUACGACCCACACCUGAGCCAGUGGCUACGGAUCCAACCCCUGCAGGAGGCCCGUAUCCAGUUUCAGCUCAACGUGUUGCACGGACAGCUGUACGCCACCGGAGGGCGCAAUCGAUCUGGCAGCCUGUCGUCUGUGGAGUGUUACUGCCCAAAGAAGAAUGAGUGGACUUAUGUGGAGCCACUUAAACGCAGGAUUUGGGGUCAUGCAGGGACUCCAUGUGGAGAAAAGCUUUAUAUCUCAGGGGGUUACGGCGUCUCACUGGAUGACAAAAAAACUCUUCACUGCUAUGAUCCCGUAUCAGACCAGUGGGACUUCAGAGCUCCCAUGAAUGAACCCAGAGUGUUGCAUGCCAUGAUCAGCAGCAGGGAUCGGGUCUAUGCACUGGGCGGUCGCAUGGACCACGUGGACCGCUGUUUUGAUGUGCUGGCCGUCGAGUAUUACAUUCCAGAGAACGACCAGUGGACCACCGUCAGUCCCAUGAGGGCAGGGCAGUCCGAGGCAGGCUGCUGCUUACUGGACAGGAAGAUCUACAUCGUUGGAGGCUACAACUGGCACCUGAACAACGUCACAAGCAUCGUGCAGGUGUACAACACAGAGACAGAUGAGUGGGAGAGGGAUUUGCACUUCCCAGAAUCUUUUGCUGGCAUCGCUUGUACGCCGAUUAUACUUCCACAAAACACCACACAACGCUAACUGCCAGACCUGUGACUGUGAAGAUUUUAUUCCAUGUGCUCUUUCUACCGAACACUGACUCGACACUAGGUGUGAACGUAAUAUAAGCUGUUAGUGUGAGUGUGGGGGGGUUUAGUUGAGGGAAUGACCUGAAAAGCUACGAAGCAGCAUUACACAAAAUAAUGUAUUAUUUUGUAUCUUUGCUUUGGGUGAGGUGUGUCUAAUCAAGAGGUAGACCUUCAUUGAUAUGAGCAAACCAUCAUAUGAAAACUCUAAAGGGUUUUUAUGUUGGGACACUUUUAUAAUACACUUUUGAAUUACAGGAUUUGAGAGUUUGUCAUUAUUCACCAAAACAUUUUGAUACGUUCCAGUGGAAAAGCCUUUAGCAAGAUGAUUUUGAGAGUAAUUUCCUGUUUAAAUAACAGAUUGACUGAUAUAUUAUUGCCAGUCUGAUUUUCAGUCAGCUAUGACAUAAUAUACAGUAUAAUCAGUCUUUUUAUAACAUAUAAUCAGUCUUUGAUUAUUGUACACUUGCCUAUUUGGAAAAUCUAAAAUCACUGACAAAUGAACUGAAGAUAUAGGUUCUCUUUCAGAAUAGCAUAAGCAAAAAUUAUAACACGUUAUUACAAACUAUUAGUAAUUCUGUGAAAGUGUUAUUGUUUCACCAAUCAAGGGCUUAAGUUUCAGACGGCACAAAGAGGCUCUUUGAUUUUAUCCUAUCCUUUUAUCGGAGUAGGUUUGAUUUGAUAAUCGCAUCUUUGAGUGAAGGCCUUGAGUUAAAAUUUGCUGUGCAAAGGUAUUAAGAGACUCAACCUUUAUAAUGUUGGACUUUUUGAUUGUACAGUUGUGUGUAUUUUUUUUUAUUUGUUGUUUUAUUAUUCUACCAAAAAAAGAUAACUGAUAAUCUUAACUGUUUUUACACGUCUCCUAAAAUGUACUGAUCAACAAACCACAUACCGAUGCACAGAAUUGAUUGCACGAAUUAACACAAGCAUUGGAUGUGUCUCAACUUCGAAUCAGUGAUUCCACAUUAUGGUGUUAAUGUUCUUUCUUUCGCCCCUCAGUCAACGUUACAAGCCAGUGUGGACCUCUUAACGCUGCAACAUAAAUCUUUGAUGUUUGUGCCCAUUAGAAUGUCAGUGUGUGCUGCUUUUUAUGUUAAACAAGUGCUACAUGUUGCUUUCAGUACAUGCUUCUGUCCCAAGCACAGUAACAUUUAAUGUUGCAGGGGAUAACUGUCUUUUAAAAAAAAAAAAAAAAAAAAAAUGUAACUACUGAGCUGUUGCUCAAACCCUCACAAAUCUGUAACUCACAUGGUAAACAUGCUCAAAGUAUUUGUCAUGGCUGAUACCGACUUGUGUUUUUAUUUGACUGCCUUGCUGCACUUUUAAGCAGUAUCUAUCAGACAUCUGAUUCUGCUGCUGAAGUUAUAACUGUACUUAAUGUGUGUAUAAGGAAGAAACAAGCUUAAAGUUCUUAUUUCCUUUUUAAAUGUGACCAUCUGUAUGAUGGUGAGGAGUGUCCAUUUUAAAACUGUCUCCUGUUUGCCUUAGUGUUUCUUUGUCUUGUUCUACCUGUACCAAUUAAAGCACAUUACAUUGUUGAACUGCAAUAUAAAAGAAAGCACUGUAGUCAAAGGGGAAUGUAGACAUUUGUGUAGCUUUAUGUGCAUCCUUUAUUAAAGGUGUAUCAUAUUUUAAAAAUA